AUGUCCAUCUCGAUGACGACCUUGGGUAUCAGAGCCACCGCGCCAAAGCGAAGCGGCGCUGCAAAAGAUGAUGCACCGCUGGGACGUCGAAUCUACGGAUCAAGUGGGCUUCGAGAUGAUGCCCUGGAGGCUGUCCAAGACGCCAAGCUAGCCAGGAUGCCGUCCGAGACACUAUACGCGAUGCCGCGCACGCUAUGCCACUCCCUGGAGGCCUUCGCCGGCCACGUCGACAUUAACCGUCUCCGGCCGUGGUGGCAGGCGGACGAGUCUGUCAUGGGGCAUCCCGCCUUCGCGCCAACACUGAGGGAGACUAUGCUGGCGCAGCGCAAUAUGCUCGGCUUUGGGGUUCUCUCCGAUGCGGAUGACACGGUCAAAGACUUGAAGCACUUCAUAACCUCAGUGACGACGACGACGCGCACCACGCAGAUUGCCAGAGCCGCCCAGUUUCUGACGCGCAGGGUCUUUGAAGGGAACAUCAGUGAGAUGUGGUCUUGCCCCUUCCCCGGUCAGGACCGCCACCAGCUCACGAAGGAACCCUGUCACGCAAAGAACCUGAGCGAAUCCUACGGGAUGAUGCUCCUGGCCGCGCCUCUGAGCUCCUCUUCGCCCACCGCAGCCUCACCACUGCUGGCCUUGACCAGCUCAGUGUGGUGA